GCAUCGCCACCCGCCGCGCCGACGCGAUGCGCUCCGUCGCCAGGGCCGCCUGCGGCGCCGCCGCCUGCGGCGCGGCCGCGUGGGGCCUCGCCGCCUGCUUCGUGGCGCCCGGCGCCGUCGCGGCGGGGCGCUCCGUGCCCGCGGCCGCCACAGGCGCCCAGGCCGGCGGCAGCGGCGGCGCGGGCUUCGGCGUGUCGCCGGGCGUGGUGGCCGGCCUCGCGGUGGGUGCGCACCUGGGCCUGGCGCUGGCGCUGCGCGGGCGCGCGGCGGUGCGGGCGGAGGGCAAGUACGAGGAGAGCGCGGUCGACGCCAAGCUGUUCGAGCAGGUCUACCUGGACUACACCACCGAGUACCUGAAGGGCCCCAUGUACGCCCACAGGGAGAAGGCGCAGGGCGCGCGGCCCGACUACCCGG